AUGUCAAGAGAUACACUCUACGCUUCCCUCAUCACUGCAGAGAAUGGACUUGCAACCGUCAAGCGACAGCGCAAGCAGACACUUCCUCGAGCCAGACUCCCUACACACCGUGAAUCGAUCAAGACAGCUGCUGCAACAGAGGAUAAGGAAGAGGAGGCACGUCUUGGACACUAUAAUGCGCAGCUACAAGCAAAGAUGCGCUUCGAAUCGAUGCGUAUCAAGAAAGCUGUUGCGGUCGCACUCGAUGCCCCCAAGGACCCUGACGCAGCCGUACAGUCGCAGGCGCAUGCAGUACGUGAGAAGGAUGACUCUGCAGUGGCGACACCAUCAGAAGGCGCGCGAGUCAACGAUGAGACCAGGAUACUCGGGACGCCACACGCUGACGACCACGACAGCGUCCACGAAGACGACGUUGAGCACUCGUGUUUCGAUCUCGUACAAGACGGUGAAAGACAAGCUUGUGUUGCCAUGCUCGAAACAGACUUGGGACCACUUCCCUUUUGGCUCGAUCAUGUACCUCUUCCCAGUACACAGGAAGAUGGUGCAUCUCAAGAUGUCUCGUCGCCUGUACCUGCGGAUUUUCGAAUGGUCAAGACACCCUCGCCACCACCAAGACACCGAUCACCCGUUUCGCGCAUCCUGACACUAACGCGCAAGUCUCUGCAACUCGCAGAUGAGGUGAAAGACUGGUUCGCUGCUUGUGAUGGAGAUGCAGCAUUGGAACGAUUUGAACCGUGUCGUUUCGAAGGGACUACAGAGAUGCCUGUAUUGGAUUGUGCGGAUCAUACGUUUGAUUGGCUCUUCAAACAUGAACCAGAAGCAAGCACACCAGCGUUAUCAUUCGAUGGACACGACACGCAUCCAGCAGGCUACUUUGAAUCACUCGAGCUGCUCAUUGAAAAGCUGAAUCUGGACAAACUUGCAGACUGCAGGAUUCGCGAGCUAGAGCAGGACCUGCAAGCGUGCCGAGCUCGUCUUGCCACACUGGAAACGCGUCGAGCAGUGCGAAACCGCCCGAUGCAGCCAUCUGUACCAUGCGAACGACUUUGGCAAGCAUCGCACGAACCUGCUGUUUUGCAACAUGGUCUUUGGUCAAGAGGUCAGCUUCGCAAACACAAUGCGCAGCAAUCUCGUGCAUCCUUCAUGACGGCACCCUUGCAUCCCAACAUCACACCUCGCUCAGCGCAUCGUUGGCGUCGUGGUCGUCUCGCUUUGCAAGGUCAAACACCCACAUCCUCGCCUAGAAGCGCAGAUCCGACGUUCUACCAAUACAGCGAUCCCAGUAGUGUUGUGAAUGUCAGUUCGCCUGUACCACAAUCCAUCAGGCUCUCGCGAGCUCGAUUAUUUCAGGAUCGAUCGAACGCUCACGUCGUUUCUUCGCUCGACUCGUCACAGUCUUCCACAAUGGCUGCACCUACUCAAACAUCAAAAGACCAUGCUCUAUCCAGGUUGCGUGUCUCAAAGCAGCAUGUUGCACGCCGUGGUACGAUUCCAAAAGCAAAAGACUUUGCUCAAUCAUCGACUGGUGCCACUGCAUGUUUGGACUUGCCGCCAAUCGAGCAGUACCUCAUUCCGGAUCCUCCAGUCCCAACACCUUUCAAUACAGUGCGACCGCCAGCAAGGAUGAAUCCACACUUGAGUCGACGUCUACCGUUUGCGCCAAGUGAGAAAACGACUCCAUUCAUCGGCUCGCAUCCAGCUCAGUGCGCACGCAAGACUUUCAGCAACAAAAUGCACAUUGAAGAGGCGAGGGAUGCAAGCGUUUCUGGAUUUAAGACUGUUCGCAAACGGGCAUCUCCAUUCACACAACUCUCACCAGCGAAUGUGCGUCCAUUCCUCACAAGCCGUAACGAAAACCAGGCGCCAACAACACCACGACGGACACCAGCAAAACAGACAUCAGUCUCGGAGAUCCCUGCACAAACGCCAAAAUCCUCGCCCGUCAACAUUUGUCCCAUCACUCGGUCGUCUGGCCGUAUAGUUUCUGGACAACUUGCAGGCGGUAGUCCGCUCCAGGAACAAUCUGGGAAUGCUUUGAAUAAUGCCGCGAUGACGGUACGAUUGCGAUCGCCUGCUUUGACGGUCCUCAAGACGGUGCGUAAGGACAUGUCGCCAUUGACGGUUGGUAGACUCUCAAUGACGCCAAUAGAGAGUCCACCUGCGAGGCUCAAGAGACGCGUGGGAUACACGGAACGCAGCGAGCGGGUCUAUUGA